UCCCUUUAAGCGACGCUCAGCGGGAUGAUAGCCAUGGAAAUAUCGGAACUCAAGCUGCGGCUCGCCCCGGACCUCCGCUGCGAGAACCGAACCUCCAAGGUGCCCAUCUGCCAGGCGUGCCAGUCCUGCCUCCUGGCCGCCAAAGUCGCCGCCACCAGGGAAUGGUUCCUGCGGGCCGGCGAGAACUCCCAGAGGAAGUUCCUGUUCGGGGUCGUCCGGCGGAUGGAGAGCGCCGACCUGCUGGUGUACGUGGGGAAGGUGAUCCGGCCGGCGCUGGGCAAAGACUUCACCUACAGCCGGUCCAGGAUAAACCCCAGCCUGGUGCAGGACCUGGGCGCCGCCAGCUCGGACCGGGCCCUCAACAGGCAGCGGCUGCGGCAGUUCAUGGCGGAGACCUGGGACUGGUUGAAGAACGGGUCGUACUGGACCAAAGCCAACUACGCCCUGCUGCUGCUGCAGAUGUGCAGCCCGAACCUGCUACACAACGCCGCCAACCUAAUUCACUUGCUCAUCGUCCGCCGCAGGCACCCACACACACGACUUGAAGCUUUCGCGCUUGUGCGUGUAAGUCCCGAUGUGCAUGCAAAGUCUCAGGAGGAAACGUUCGGAAUUGAUGAACCUGGCCAUACGGAAGAGACCAACUACUCCACACAGGACGACCCGUCUCUCAUGGUGGUCCCAACUUCCUUCCAGUCCACAUCCGGAGUCAGGAAGUACAAAGACUUCAUCCGCUGCCUCCCGGUGCACCUCUCCAAGAAGAUCCUGGGGUACCUGAUAAAGAAGCACCUCUUCAGCUGUUUGAGUGUGUCCCGUCACUGGUGUUAUCUGACAAAGGAGCUUGUCCUGGAUCUAGAAGCCGAGACGCUGGUGCGGAACGAAGCCAUGAUCCUUCAGGGGACGUCAUACAAAGGAGUCAGUGUCUCCUAUGCCAAAGUUCAACCGGUGCCAGUGCCCAAAGUCGGAGAAGAUGGCAGUAUUCUACCAAGGGUGGAGAGGUAUUACAAAGAUGUAAAGCCUGGAGAAAGUGUGGAAGCGGCGUAUGUUGAGACGGAGACGGAGACGGUGUUUCUGGAGGAAAGAAAUGUCUUCUGUGGAUCGUACAAUGUUCUCAUUCUUACCGGACAAGGCGAUCCACACAGGGUGAUCCAUUUUGACGGGGGGAAGUUGGUUGCCGCUGGCUCUACCGACCGAAAAGUGAAGCUAUACGAUAUGGUGGAGAUGUCUCAGGUCCCUCCUCUUAUUCAAGGGCACAGCGGAAGCAUUCGUGUUGUCCGUUUAUGUGAAGAAAGAGGCUUUGUGUUCAGCGGGGGAUUUGAUCUCAGUAUUAGGCAGUGGAACCUCCAAACCGGGGUUUGCCUCCGAAUCUUUCAUGGGCAUAUGAAGACUAUAACAUGCCUGGAUGUACAAGCGGAUGUUUUGGUCUCCGGAGCAAAAGAUGGCCAUGUCAAAGUGUGGAAUAUCACCACCGGAAAAUGCCUUAGGACCUUCAAGCACAAAGAGGCCGUACUGGCAGUUAAAAUGAAGGAUCAAACCGUGAUAAGUGGCUGUGAAAAGGGGCUGGUGAAAAUCUGGAACAACGAAUCUGGCCAGUUAUGCAAGACAUUAACAGGCCACCAGGGAGCAAUAAAGUGCCUUUCCUUUGACCAAUGGCACUUGGUAUCUGGUGGGGCCGAUGGAAACGCCAUCGCCUGGAGCAUGCUGGGAACCUUUCAGAAGCGACUGAUGACUUUCAGGCAUCCAAAAGAGGUGACGUGUUUGGAGUUCCUCUACCUCAGAGUCAUUACAGGCUGCGCUGAUGGCAAAAUCCGAGUGUUUAACUUUCUCAAUGGAGACUGCCUCCGAGUCAUGAGGGCCAAUAGCAGAGCCGACCCGGUGGCCACUAUGUGCAUUCGCCAUAACAGAAUGGUAAUAAACGUGUUGACCAGCAUCAUGAUCUUCCAGUUCGAGGAAGUGUCAUGGGAUUACUCGCAAACAUCAGAACGAGUGGACGCCCUGAAGGAACGGGAGAGGUUUAAUUCCGCCCCCAUUCGGGUCAGGCCUUACGGUUACGUGCGAGCGCAGAGAAUGAAACGAGUGGGAUCCAGCAACAGGAAGCUCUACCAGAUGGAUGAGGAGGAAGACGUGGAGGCAAAGACUCAACUGUCCCACCACGCUCGGAGUCUGUCUGCUAGAAGCACAAAGAGAGCUCACGAUCUGCAUAUGAAGUCUUUAAAUCCGGCGACGUGGCCCGAGCUGACGAAUUACCGUCGGAGUUUUGCGUACAUUGACUUACAGCCCGAGUUCUUCAAGAAGCCUCCGUCGGCGUACAGGCCGCAGACAGCGGGGCAAAGCAUUCCAGAGGUCUACAGCAGAGCGAGCACGGCGCCUGCGAUGAAGACAAAGGAGGAUUCUGACGGAGAGUCGGGUUACGGUUCCCCCGGUCGCAAAUCGGCCCUUUCCAUGAGCGAGAGUGCAGCUCUGCGGCGCAUGAAAAGACGCGGCCGUCACACACCAAUGAGUCCUAACCAAAUCCUCUUAAAAGUAAGCACCAUCCAAAACUUACAGAAGACCGACGAAAUCAGGACCAACCUGGAGCACAACUCGAGGAUCCGGGAUGAAUGGGGAGCUCCAGCGUCCAAAAAUGAGUAUGGAAAUGUGGCCGCCCAAAAUUCCUACUCCAAAGAAAGCCAGCCAGUCGACCUUUCAGCCAUCCUUGAGUAUCUGAAGUCUUCUGCUGCCCCAGUAGAGAUGAGGAAAAUCAUGACCGCCUUCGAAAUUAGAAAGCUGAACCUUAAAAUGAACGAGUCCAUACACGGGCCGGCCGUUCGGUCUACCAUACCGGCCCCGGCCAUCGUGCGGCCCCAGACCAGUUUCAGUUACAGGAAGAAACAACGAAGCUCCGCCUUGCAGAGAAGGUCGACCUCCGCCGUGGAAACCACCACAAAGCAAAUCGGCCUGUAUACGAGCUUGGAGUCCCUGCAGCCCACAAGGAUGAUCAUGGGGCAACGUCAAGAAAGGGCCACCACGAAAAGGAGAGUGACCGAGCAGGUCGGGUCGGCGGACCCGUACAGGGAGAGGGCGGGGUUUCAGCUUCUCACCGUCAAGCAGCUGACGGAGUUUCAUGCAAAAAAGAUGCUCCAGCAUAAAGAGGUGGAGGCGCUGACCCAAACAAUGAAAACCAAGGAGAGCAAGAAGGCCUGGCUGAUGAAAAUCCAAGGGAAGAACAUCGAUGGCUUCACCAAAGAAGGGAAAAUUGCUGCACCGGAAUUCGGCCCGGAUGUCUACCUUUGACCCGGGGGU